CUAAUCCAUUCCCAAUCUCCACACAACACGUUUCGCGUUACAUUGUUUAUCUCCACGGACCCACGUGACAAUCACGUGCCUGCGUUGUCGUUAACGUUCUGCAACCAACAAAUCCCCAACCAUCACCACCACAUUUCUAGGGUUUUUAGGGUUUCAUCGAACUCCUAAUUUCGAAAUUUUCCUAUUCCUGACGGUCUGAUUUCACAUUUCUAGGGUUCUUAGGGUUUCAUCAAACUCCUAAUUUUUUUUAAUAAAAAAAAUCCAAUUCCUAACGGUCUGAUUUUCAGUUACAUGACCAAUCCAUGGCGUGAAUUUGGAUUUUCCUGCGAUUUUCUAGGGUUUAGGUGUCGUGAUGUCCUGUUUCGCAGUGGAAAUUAGGGUUUUAAAUGGUUUAAUCAUAUGAUUGAGUAGUAUAAGAACAUGGAUCAGUCUCAGAUGAUGAAUCGAAGCUACGGACUUUGGCUGCAGCCACCACCACCUGUUACUGAAGAUCCGACCAAGUUUCAGAACUCUCAAAGACCUAAUUUUGCAUUAACAAAGCCUGCAUGGAGCAAUUGGAAGGGCAAAAAAUCCGAAAUGCGCCGAAAAGACCCUCUUGGCAUCGGCAACCUCACCGCCGGUGGCUACGGACCUCCGAAUCUCAACGAAUUGCAGUCUCAGAACCGCUUGAAAGCUCGCCGAUUUCACCCGAAGAAGAAAUUCAACCGUUUUGCCCCGUUUGCGCCGCGAAACACGACGUCGUUCUUAAUCCGGGCGAAGAAGUCCGGGGGUAUUGCUUCGCUUGUCUCGCCGUGUCCGGUGACUCCGGCGAUACUGCCGACGCCGAUAUUUUCACCGUCGAGGGAGGUUUUGGUUGAUAUGGCAAAGGAAGAGUGGGGUGUGGAUGGGUACGGAUCGAUGAAGGGCUUAAUUCGGCUUCGAUCGCCAGGACACGAAGCUGAGGAUGAGGAGGAAGGUGGAGGCUCGAGUGACAGUGAUGCAGAAGAGCACGUCGAAGUAGAGAGGCGAUUGGAUCAUGAUUUGAGUCGAUUCGAGAUGAUAUAUCCCAACAGUGGUGAUGAACAGAACAAUCUUUUGGAGAACCGAGUAGAUGAUCAGGACACUCAUAUAUCACAAUUGGAGGAAGAGAAUUUGACCUUGAAAGAGAGGCUUUUCUUGAUGGAGAGAGAGUUGGAGGACUUGAGGAGGAGGGUUCAUUGUUUGGAGACGACGACCGUGCAGGUGAGGAAUAACAACGAGGAGGCUUCAGAGAACGCGUCGGAGAAUGAAGGAGGUGGUGAUGUUUGCUCGGAGAAGAGUGUCGGUGAUGGCGAUGUUGUGUAAAGGAGGUGAAGUAAGUCUCUGCUCUGAAGUCUUGAACUGAUGAUGAUGACAACUUUUUAGGAAUUUCCGGGUUGCUUCUUUGUUAUUGUGCAAAAAUUUGUAUAUAUGUUGUCUAGGUUGUGGUAGUUCUUGUUGUAGUUACUUUGUGGUUCCUGCUAAUCUGGGUUGGACUAAUUAGGAGUAGAAAUGUUCAAAAGAGUCUAAACUCACUCCUCUCUAACUAAUAUAGUUGCCACUUUGUUGUUUAAAUGGGAUGUGAUGAUAAUAAUUGUUGGUUUUGGAAUAUAGUUUUUAUGCAGUGGGUACUCAUUCUUUGAUAUCAA